AUGGCACAUUGGCCCUCAGCGGUGCAGGCUGUUGCGCUCGUCUGCGCCGGCUGGAGCACUUUUGUCUACAUUGUCCAGUCCAUGGGUAUCAUCAGAAUCUUUCUCUCCUAUUCCUCGCGCUUGAAACCGGCCGUCUCGUCCUCGCUGCAGAAACAAGAUGUGCCGCACAUCACCAUUAUCCGUCCUGUGAAAGGGAUCGAGCACGGCCUCUACGACUGCAUCGCGUCUUCGUUCCGACAAGACUACCCCCGCAACAGAUUGACGAUAUACCUCUGCGUUGCUGAGAAGAGCGAUCCGGCCUACCCCGUCCUUGUGAAGCUGGUUGAAGACUUCCCCGGGUUCGACGCCCGGGUGCUGGUCGAAGACGAAGACCCCCUGCUACAUGGUCGCGACGGCCACAUCGACAAUCUCGGCCCCAACCCCAAGGUCAGGAACAUCAGCCGCGCUUACCGGGAGGCCAAGGGAGACAUCAUCUGGGUCAUGGACUGCAACAUCUGGAUUGCGAAGGGUGUCGCCGGGCGUAUGGUGGACAAGCUGCUGGGAUACGGACCCGACGGCAGCCGUGUGAAACCCUACAAAUUUGUCCACCUCCUGCCGAUUGUCGUCGACACCGUCUCUCCACGAGAUAUCUCGACCGAAACACAGACGCUGCUGUCUUCCUCCGAGGGCGGCUCUUCGCAGGUCGCCAGCUCAGGCCACAGUCCCUCCCUGCUCGAUUAUGUUGAGAAGCAGGGUGGGGGCCGCCUCGACGAGAUGUUCAUGGCCACGACCCACGCCAAGUUCUACAGCGCCAUCAACACCGUCGGCGUCGCCCCCUGCGCCGUCGGCAAAAGCAACAUGUUCCGCAAGUCUCACCUGGACACCGUGACGGACCCGUUGCAAAACCCGAUCCUCCCUGCCGGCAAGAACCUGCCGAAGGGCAUCGACUACUUCUCCGAGUACAUCUGCGAGGACCACCUAAUCGGCGAUCUGCUGUGGCGGUCCAAGCUGCCGGGCAUGAAGAACCACGGCCUUGUCAUGGGAGACCUCGCCGUCCAGCCGAUGGCUGGCAUGUCUGUCCGGGCGUACUUCGCGCGUCGCGCUCGGUGGCUACGCGCACGCAAGUGGACAGUCCUUGCCGCCACGCUGAUCGAGCCCGGCGUCGAGUCUCUGUUAUGCUGCGCCUACUUCGCCUUUGCCGUCACUACCCUUCCCUGGUUCCAUGAUACCUUCGGCACCGCGCAGACGUGGGGUGCCAUGGGCCUGUACUGGCUGGCCUUUGUGACCAUCUGGAUGGUGUGCGACUGGUUCACCUACAACCGCCUCCAUGCCGGAUACACCAUGGAAGUUGACGAGAACACGCCCAAAUUCGCCAGGGGCACCGCCACGCCUGGCGGGGCUCCUCCGAGAUCAUUUUUGGAAUGGCUGCCCGCUUGGAUAGGUAGAGAGCUUCUCGCCAUGCCCAUCUGGACCUGGGCCGUCUUCUGCGGAUCGACUGUCAACUGGAGAGGCCGGACAUUCAACGUUCGCUCGGACAUGAGCGUCGUGGAAAUUGGUUCGCAGCCCUCGACGGCGUCACACGGCGUGUUGAAUGGCCUCACGAACGCAGAGGGCACACAUCGAUCGAGAAGCAAAGACCGCGUAGACUGA